AUGUUAACCCUCAGAAACAAGAUAAAGAACCUUGAUGCAAAUGCAAUUCAGACUUGGUUGUACAACCACAGCCAGAGCCGUAGUCAACAGGCUCUGAUCAAAUAUGGUGGCAGUUGGACACUGAGGAAGGUGGUCAUGCACCAUCAAAAGAAAUCAAUCAACAAAGUGUUGGAAGAAGCUGGUAUCAAGCAGGGAUCCACAGAAAUGAUCAAGUCUUAUCAGAAGGCUGUUGACACCAUCAUGAAGUCCCUUACUGCCAAGGAGAUACAAGAGGCUGAGGCAUUGGCCAAAGAAUGGAAUGAGCAGCAGCCACCUUGGGAUGUUCAGUCAGAAACCACAGAGAAGAAAGGCCAUAAAUAUGCUGAGGAAUUUGCUAAGGAAAUGUGGAAGUGGUGUGGUGCCAGGGUGGUAGUGAUGGCGGCAUGGGAAGAUGCCAAUGGAGAGAUUUUGACCAACUUGUCCAGACAUGAUUUCAACAAUGAAUUGGGUAAUGGCAAAUUAUUUGAGGAGUUGGACAAGUGCCAGGAUAAAUUUGUAAAGUAUGCACAAAUGGCAUUUGGGAAUGGUGGCACCAAUGCUGAGUCACCAGACAAAGAUGCUGCUCCAUGGUCAAGGCAGAGAAAGAGCAAUGGGAAACCCAAAACCAUCCUGCCAGUCAGCAAAAACAGCACACCAUACAUCCUGAACAUAUUGGACAUGCAGGCACCAAAGUUCAAGGAUAUCAUGCAGACAUUUGGGAAAUACUGUUCAUUGAAAUCCAUUACAGGGAAGGCCUGUGGGAAUUCACAGGCAACUGUUCCAUGGAGUGCAAUAACAACCAACACUGCACUUUAUAUUGCACCACAGUUUCUGCCACCUGAGGUUCCCUUCAAAGAGCCAACAAUCUUAGAAUGGUGGCAAGAGAGAAAAGAGUGGCAUCCCAACAAUAUAUUCAGCUUCAAGAAGUGGAGAGAUGCUGGAGGGUCCCUCCAAACGCCAGUGGCAGAGGCUGACAGCAGUGGAGCAAGGAUGUGUGUGAAGCAGGAUUUGGAUGGGAGACCAGAACACUUGGCAGGUGAAAGGACAAUGGAUAAAAUGAUGUGGGGUAGGAGGAAGCUGCGAUGGCAAACAGGCACAAGCAUGGUGGAUGAAGACACCACAGAGGCAGUACCAUUGCCGGAUUCCCAGCAGCAGAUUGCCAGAUGCCAAGUGGCUGAGGGUAACACCUGCCAGCCAAUCGCCAUCAGCAAGGAACCAUUAAAUGCCUUGUGGCAGGUUGAGGGUGGCAUCACAAGCCCUGUGCAACCUGUGCCUGAUGCCCGCUGCAUUGAUUUGCCUGAUUCAGUCCACCUGGCAGAUCCUUUGGCAGUGCCAACAACUAUCAGGAGAGACCAUAAACAGGAAGAUUCAAAGUGCAAGUUGCCCAUUCCAUCAAUGAUACCCAUGCACCAGACCGGCAUAGACAAUGUGAGGGGUAUGCAGCAAUCAAAACAGGUGUGGAAGGCACCAAAGCAGCCUGAUGAUGAUGUUCCUACUCCUAAGUCCCUCCAAGAAACAUAG